GGAAUUUCAAAAUGUAGCGCUAAACUUGUAUUGCAUUUGUCAAACUGGGUAAUAAGUUUUUUUCUUAUCAAACUUGGCAUCAGUUGUAAGUGAACCCAAUCUAGCCCUGUACAAGCCGGGUGCCCAGAGUUCUAGGUACACUGGGAACCUCACGGAUAUGGAGAAGGCACUUGACGGUCUGUACGGGAACAACUGGGACACGAACGACUGUAUGUCAGCCGGUUACGCCGACACGAACUCCUGGGCUCAGGUCGACCUUGACCUCUUCUACUCCAUACACACCGUCAAGAUUCUAAACAGGGGCGACAGGUUUGGCGAGAGACUGGCAAACUUUACAGUCGACAUUUUUGACGAAGACCCUAGUGAAUUUCCUGCAACAAACAGAAAGUUGUGUGCUCAUUAUCCAGGAACUGUGGGUACUGGCCAAUGGGUGGAGCUAACAUGUGACAGUCACGUGGUUGGAAGAUACGUCAGAGUUAGCAAAACACAGAGGUACGACAGUGAUCUGCUUUGUCUCUGCGAGUUAGAGGUGUACGGCGACAGAGUCAAGGGAAGAGGUAUUCAAUUCAUGCGGUUACCCAGCUCUAGGCUAUCAAAUGCAAUCUUAUCAGAACAGCCAGCAGAAACGGUAUUGAACUGUCUCACUCUGUGCUACGCUGAAUCACUUUGCUAUGGCGUCAACUUUAAACAGCCGACUGGUAACAGCACCUCCAUUUGUCAACUGGUUUACAACAGUCUGACCAAUCAGAUUACACAAGAAGAAACGAGUUGGAACGCACAUGUUGUCGAUUCUGCAGGAUCGCGAAAUCUACCGACCUGUUAAAAGUAAAACAAAUUUGGAAAAUGAUGUUGCUGCAGCUAAUGAUGAUGAUGGUGUUGAUGAUGACGAUAACGAUGAUGGAAACUAAAGGGCGAUAUUAAAUGAUGAUGAGUGCUGAAAAUUAGUAUUUGUAAGCUUCAAGUCAAGGACUGAUUGAUGGACUGUCAUGAUGAUGAUGAUGAUGAUGAUGAUGAUAAUGACAAUUACAGGAUAAAAACAGAAACAAUAGAAUUAU